CCCUCUCUUAUUUAGUCCCCAAACUCCGAGACCGAGCAAAUGCUUUCAAGAUUCUUUCGUCCUCCGUCCUAGUACAACUGCAUAAAAUUAAUAAUGGAUUUAUCUUGCCCUUGUGUCUUCAUACCUCACUCUCGACCAAAACGGGCAGCUGCAGCAGAAAUGCACGACUUCUGCGGAGUCUUUACUGCGGAAAUGGACGUUCCUGACGAAGGAGAAAAAGCGAAUAGUCGAUCAUUUGAAUAGUUUGAC